GACGGUGCGGUAGCGGCGAGGUGGCCGCGGGCGCGGCGGGGCGCGCUCUCCCCCGCCCGCGGAAGUGCCCGGGAAGUGGGCAGGGCCCGGGGCGGGGGCGAGGCCGGAGGAGGGCACGUCGGCGCCUGGCGAGGAUGGGAGUCCCCGGGACCCGGAGCUGAGCGACCUAGCGCGCGGCGGGCAGGGCGCGCCGGAGGAAGGCAGCCUCGCUGUUCCUCCGGAGCCCCAACACCGUUCCCGCGCCGCCACGAUGAUCCCUCCGAGCGGCGCCCGCGAGGACGGCGUGGACGGGCUGCCCAAGGAGGCAGCGAGCGCCGAGCAGCCGCCCUCGCCUGCAUCCACCAGCAGCCAGGAAUCCAAGCUCCAGAAACUAAAACGAUCACUUUCUUUCAAGACCAAGAGUUUACGGAGCAAAAGUGCUGACAACUUCUUCCAGCGAACCAACAGCGACGCGAAGCUGCAGGCAGACCUGCUGGCCGAGGUCAGCCCCAGCUCCAGCCCACUCCCUGCUCCCGGAAGCCUGACAUCCACGCCCACCAGGGCUGGCCUGCCCCCAGGCAGCGGCAAAGCCCAUGCCUUCCAGGAACACAUCUUCAAGAAGCCCACUUUCUGCGAUGUCUGCAAUCACAUGAUAGUGGGAACAAAUGCUAAGCAUGGACUGCGCUGCAAAGCCUGUAAGAUGAGCAUCCAUCACAAGUGCACAGACGGCCUGGCACCCCAGCGGUGCAUGGGCAAGCUGCCCAAGGGGUUUCGGCGUUACUACAGCUCCCCCUUGCUCAUCAAUGAACAAUUUGGAUGCAUUAAAGAAGUUAUGCCCAUUGCCUGUGGCAAUAAGGUGGACCCUGUCUACGAGACCCUUCGCUUCGGCACCUCCCUGGCCCAGAGAACAAAGAAGAGCAGCUCCGGCAGUGGCUCUGAUUCACCUCACAGAACCUCUACUUCGGAUCUCGUGGAGGUUCCUGAAGAAACCGAUGGGCCAGGAGACGGGCAUGACCUAAGGACACGCAGCAACAGUGUGUUUACGUAUCCGGAAAAUGGCACUGACGAUUUCAGAGACCAAGCAAAGAACAUAAACCACCAGGGACCUCUUUCCAAAGACCCAUUACAGAUGAACACCUACGUUGCCUUGUACAAAUUUGUACCACAGGAGAAUGAAGACUUGGAAAUGAGGCCAGGAGACAUGAUUACUCUUCUAGAGGAUUCUAAUGAAGACUGGUGGAAAGGGAGAAUUCAAGAUAGGAUUGGCUUCUUUCCAGCCAACUUUGUUCAGAGAGUACAAGAAAAUGAGAAGAUUUUCAGAUGUGUUAGAACCUUCCUCGGGUGUAAGGAACAAGGGCAGAUAACACUGAAGGAGAAUCAGAUCUGCGUGAGUUCUGAAGAAGAACAAGAUGGCUUUAUUAGAGUCCUCAGUGGAAAGAAGAGAGGCCUUGUCCCCCUCGAUGUCCUAGAGAACAUCUGAUUGCUGGCCCCUCCUCCUUCUGCAGCAGGCAAGCUCUGCUGCAAUGCCUUCUGCCUCAUCUCACACUGUGUCAACCCAGAGGAGCUGCCAUACUGACCCAGCCCCCAGGAAACAGUGAGACAGCACUCGAGGAUCUGAGACUGCGGAAUAGCAGCUGCAAAGCAGAGGGCCCAUCGCACAGCAUAUUCAGGCUGCCCAAAGUGGGGACAAGGCUCAGAGUCGGCUGGCAGAGCCAAGUGCCAUACCUGGCUGCAGCAGCAGGGCUGCAAACCACAGCUGCCCCCCAGGACCUAACUCCUUCCCUGUCCAUGUGGUAUAAGUUAACCCACUGGAGUGUGCUCCAGGUUGCCGUGUGGCCCCAAUGUGAGGUUCAAAUUCAUGUAUCCAAGUGUUAUGCUGAUUCCAGACCCUGGUCCCCAGGACCGGCCAGUUAACAUCAUCAUAUUUCAGAUCACAAGCAGUCUCUCUGCAGAGCAUCAGGAAGGCCUACUUUCUAGCCCCCACCAUUCCAGUGCUCCCCCAGUCCCUCUUCACUUUGCGAUUAUGCAAUUCAGAGUAGCUGACUUGUUCUUUCUUUCUCUUCAGUCCUCUGAGUAAGUCCUGGUGGUAUGCAUUAGAUGCAAAGGCUAAGUUUACUUGGCACCAGCUGCAAAGACCUGAUCUGCACAAAGGUUGUUGACAGACGGUCUUUCCUUCUGCUCUAGUUACCAAUGGAGGUGACAGAGCAGGAUACGAGGCAUAGAUACAGGGGGAGGGCCAGCAGGAGCACAGUGGGGUAAAGAGUCCUUAUUUAUUGAAGAUUAAACAGCCCUCUCAUUUAUGAUGCCCUUCCUGAAGGCAAUGGAGCUCAGGAAGAGAAUGUGGCAAAAAGUCUUGGUGACAAACUCCAUUUUCGUCUGGCAUCCUCUGUACUGGGGGUGGUGUUCUCCCUUCAUGCCAUCCUUCAGGACUCCAUUUUGGAGAUUGAGCCCACCUUGCAGGGAACCAGGAACAUGGAGAGGAUCCAAUAGCAGCAUCUUAGAAGAAUUAUAGCCAAAUUGGAAUCCAUUCUCCUUUAGAGCAGUAUAUGAUACCCUAGCAGAUGUAAAAUGAAAAAUAAUCCUUCUGCUUCAUUCUCUGAAAGUAGGAGAACUUGGGCCUAGUUAAGAUCAUCUAGGGGAAUCUCUCUUACUCUGCACUUGUGCUAAUGUUUACAAGAAUGCUGUAUACUGUGAUGCCUUCCUCCUCAAGUCUCUUCUUCGCACUCAAACUUGCAUCCUAUUAGUCAUUAAUAUGGUUAAACUUCAAUUCCCUAUGACCUUGGGAUCAAUGUCAGUUUGAUUUAUUUUGUUGCAAAGCAAUAAAAUCAUUACAAUUGGUUUUCAAAAGACUUAUGUGGAUGCAUUCUGUGCAUGUAAGCAUUAUUUCCCAAACCAAAGCAUCAUUAGUCUCCAUUUAUUUCUUUUGUUACUGCUCAGUGUGAAGUUGGGAGCGGGGACAGGAUAGCUGCUGGUUCCACAGUAGUUUGGAUGCCUUACUCUCAUUUUAAAGCCAGCAUCCAGAAUUUUCUCCCUCUCUGAUAUAACGUGUGAAACCAGGUGGAUUCCAAGAUGGAUUCUUUGAGAGCCAGCGUGGAUAAUAUGACUGCAUUUCUGUAAAACUGAAUGCAGAGUAUAAACACUCUUUCCCUCUAAUUCAAUAUUCUAUUUAAUAAAGACAGCACAGUGGCUGGAAAGAGCAUAGAAAACAUGUGUCCUGAUCUCUUUUUUCUUGUGCAAUAUCUAUUGAAGUUUUUUGGUACAAUGGUAUCACAUCAUAUGCACAUUUUAUUUGCAUUAAAAAAUUAGUUUGCUUUUUUAAGCUGAAUAGAAGGACGAUAUGGUAGCCAGACUCCAAGUUAGCCCCCCAGUGAUUCCUACCUCCAGAUAUUUUUACCUUUGUGUAGCCCCCUCCCACACUGAAUCAGGGCCGGUCUUAUGUGACAAUAGAAUACAGCAGAAGUGAUACUACAUAGCACUAGAGGCCAGGUUAAAAAUGUCCUUGCAGCUUCUGGCUUGAUCUCUUGGAACACUCACUGUUGGAAGCCUGAGACACCAUAUAAGAAUUUUGUCUACCUUGAGGCCAUGCAAGAGAGACCCAGUGGACAGACCAUACAUUUCAGCAGCCGAGGUCUCAAAUUUUAGAGAGCAGAGAUGAGUCGUCCUUGCAGAGCCCUACCCAAGUUACAGAUUUAUGAGGAAGGUAAAUAUGGGGGGCAGUUAUGUCACUAAAUUUUGGAGUAAUUUGUUAGACAGAAACAGAUAACUGCAACAAAGGCUUUGUAAUCUGAGCCAAAGUUAGAAAAGAGGAAAAGUGUUUUUC